UUCGAUUCAAUCCAACAAAUCGUAAUCAACGGCACCAGCAACAAAAUGUCCGCCUUCUACGCCGAAGAAACCCCCGCCGCAGUCAGGAACGCCAAGGGCCUACACCUAAUCUCCACCCUCAGCCCCAAUGGCAGAAAAGCCCACAUCUACCUCGAGGAGCUGAAAGAUAAAUACGGUCUAGAGUGGACGACCAGUCUGAUUGAUCUGGAUACCGCGGAGCAGAAGAAGCCGUGGUAUCUGAAGCUGAAUCCGAAUGGCCGCAUCCCCAUCCUAAUCGACAACACCCAGUCCCCGCCACACGUGGUCUUCGAAUCCUCCGCCAUCCUGCUCUACCUCCUUUCCUCCGUGGACAAAGACCACAUCUUCGGGUUUUCGGACCCCAUCGAGCAGAGCCAGCUCACCCAAUGGCUUAUCUUCUGGCAUGCGUCGGGUCAGCCCAUCCAGGGACAGUAUAAUUACUUCCGUAGGAACGCGAUUGAUGAGAGUCCUCACGCUGCGCAGCGCUUCAAAAACGAAGUCCUCCGUAUAUACAACGUGCUAGAAAUCCACCUGUCGGGAAAAUACACCGACAGUCCGCGCGAGUACCUGGCUGGGGCGGGGAAAGGGAAGUAUAGCAUUGCGGAUAUCAAUGCGUGGGGGUGGCUCCGCACGUUCAGGAGUAUCGAUCUGGGGGAAGACGAUUUGGCGAAGUUGCCACAUCUGGCGGCUUGGGUGGAUAGGAUUGCUGAUCGGCCGGCGGUGCAGAGGGGAUCGGGGGAGUGGUAUGAUGAGGAGAAGCAUCCGGAGUUGCUGAUUAGGACGGAGUGAUGGCCUGUCUGUCUGUCUAAGGGGUUUGCGAUGGGUGAAUUGUGGCUGGGUUUGCUGGGUCCAGGUUAGCUGGCAAACUGCACUGCACGGUCAUAUUCCCUGAGUGCAGAUGUGGCAGGCAUUGCCAGUGCAUGCUGCUCCAAGUUUGGCUUCGGACGUCAUCUCAGUGUCUACCACUAUUCCAUCAGACCUAGGACCAAUAUCAGAG